UUUGGGGGGAUGGUUUGUCCUGGGUUGUGGAUAAAAGCAUAGAGGAUAGGGGUUGCCUCUCUGGAUGGGGGAGAGAUGUUCCAGGCUAUAUAGGGUAACAAAUUGGGAGGUUUCCUGGAGCAAUGGGGAAGGACAAGUGGCAAAGAGAGUGGUGCCUCAGGAUUGUGUACAGGGGGACAGUUUGGGGGUGAACUUUGUGUGUGUGUGUAUGUGUGUGUGUGUGCAGCAUCACUUGAGAAAUCCUGGAACUGUGGGGAUCAUCAGUGUUUUUUCCCAGUGGAGAAUGGAUUAUUAGCAUCCAGCAGGAAAGUGCUGACCACAUAACAGUUGCAGACGCCCUCGCCCCAAUUCUGCAGGCUUCUUCAUUCUGGGCUCUGGUCCCUAAACAGUCGGGUGUCAAGCCAAUUGGGAUUUGCCUCGCUCAUGAGCCUCCUCCCAUCUUCAUUUCUGAUCAUGUUUCUGCAGCCUUAGAAAUGAGGCGUCUUGGACAAUUGCCUUUAUGUUCCUGCAGUUGUUUCUGUCGUAAAUCCAGUAUACAAACCUUGGGUUUAUUCUAAAAUUUAGAGUUUUUUAAAACCUACAUUUCCCAAUUGAUUUACUAUAGGAUUCCGAGAGAACAAAUUCCCCAGUACAUUUAAAAGACAGUUUUAUGGAAAAUCAGCUUAAUUCAACAAAUGUUGAGUUAAAUUGUCUGCUAUGCUCAAAGCACUGUAUUAUGGGAAAUACCAGAGAAGAGCAAGACAAGGCCCUCUCCUCAAGGAACCUUGUCUAGCGGGGAAGAUGAGACAUAUACCUGGGAAAUAGGCAAUAGUUCUAGGAACUGUUGGCCGAUGACCAGGCUUGCACAGUUAUUCUACACUGUCUGAUACGAUGGGACCCGGCUGGCCAGCUUCAACCUGUGUUCAUCUAGCAUCUAGUGACCAACCAGGUGGGAUGAGUGACCUCAGGAGACUUCAGACUCAGACCCAGCUGCAGUUUAAUAGGAAUGUUCCUACACAUUCAAGCAACUUGGCAAUCCAAUAUUCUUGCCCACAUGCAAUUAGAAUUGAAAAACUGAAGCACUCAUACAAUGAGUCAUACCAUUGUAAAAAUUUGGAUUUUAGAGAUGGUCCUGACCUAAGCAGUUCUGUUUCAUUUUCUGUCAUAUCAGAAGAGAGACUUAGCUAUGCUGUCCACCUAGCCAAAAGAGAUGUGAAACGAAGACAAUUUGAAGAACAUAUAAAAGAACAUCAUCUCAGAAGUCAACCCCAAAUCUCUCAGAAAUAUGGACACACUAAGCAUAAAAUAUCUGACCACAGGGUGGAAAGGAAGGAAUCAAAGAGUCGGGAAGUCUAUCAGUGUAGCCACCAGCCAUCCAAAGCAGAAAUUUCCCGCUCAGGUGCCAAGGUAUACCUGUACACAUCUCACUGGGGACAGUCAGAUCUUACCAUGCCAAAUUCACCACCCACUCGUGAUCCAGGGCUCCAGCCACCUGCCAGAAUAAGUGACCACAAAAACCUGUGUGAACACAAGUGCCUGCUAGAAGUUCAGAGACUCCGGAAAGAAUUGAGCAGUUGUAUCCGUAAAAUUGAAGAAGUUGCUAAAAGAGAUCGAAUAGAAGACGCUUUGGAUCCAGAUGAAGAACGGCGAGUGCGUGUCCGGAGGCAGGAGCAUGCCGCUCGUUCUGCCCGCACCCUGUACGUCCUCCAGCAGCAGGUUAAAGAAAUCCAGGAAGAAUUGGAUAAGUUGAGUCCACAUAAAAUUAAACACACUAAGAAGUCAUGGGCAAUGUCCAGGCUGGCAGCUGCCCAUCGAGGAGCCAUUCGGGCCUUACAGAUGUUCGUUACUCAGUUUACUGACCGAGGGGAGCACCCAGUUCCUUCUCGGUGUAGGGAACUGGGUAGUCUUAUUCGCCAGCUUUCACUCUGUUCUGCCAAGCUGGAUGCCGAUUCUUCUGUCCCUGAUGUGGUUAUAGAAAUUCUACAACAAAUUGAGGCUUUGGAAUCCCUUCUGGAAAAGAAAUUGUCACCAAAAAAGGUGAAGAAAUGUUUCUCUGAAAUUCAAAACAAAUUCCCUGUUGGUCAGCAAAGGGCCUCCGAGACAUGGCAGAGUACUUCCCCGAGGAGUGAGAGGAGAUCCUUUGUCGCCAAGGAGGUUUUCCCUCAGGAAACAAGACGGCCCUCAGUGGUAAAGAGGCUUCUUGCUGAUAAGUAUCAACCUGAUAGAGAGCUUCCAGUGACCCAGAAGUUGGAAAGUGAGCUUGAUGUAUUAGAUGUGAACGUUCUCCCAGAAGAAGCCCCAUCUAUUCUAGAGCAGAACGCAAGCUUCAAAGAAGGUAUGUUAGCUCUGGCCAAAACCAAAACAGUGAAAAAGAAGCCUGUGGCCGAGAAUCUGCCUUUGAAGAAGAAAGAUACUAUGGCACCGGCAAGACUACAGCAAACACUCUAUAAAACUGAAAAAAGUAGACCAACCCAGCCUCUCAGCAAAAGCAGGUUGCAAAAAACAACAGUCUCAUCCAGAUUAAAAGUGAACCAACAGCCUGUAAAAGACCACAGGACUCCUUGGAUACCUCCAAACCCCACAUCCCCUCCAGCAUCUCCUAAAUGUGCUGCAUGGCUAAGGGUGAAACCUAAUGCUAAAGAUGCCACAAAAGAACAGUCUGUUCAGCAAGAAGAUGUUCAAGAGGAAAGUCACUUCAGAGGUGCUGUUGGGCACGAAGCAGCCAGACUUGCUUGGCUUGAUGCUGAAACUUCCAAAAGACUGAAGGAACUAGAAGAAUUAAAAGCUGAAGAAAUAGGCAAAGUGCAAAAACAGAGACUUGAAUGGCUUGAUGCUGAAACUUCCAGAAGAACAAAGGAGUUGCAUGAACUCAAAGCUGAAGAAAUGGAUCGACUUCAAAAACUGAGUGUUUCUGCCACCCAGUUAGCAGACAAGGUAGAGAAGGCAGUUAUGGACCGUUUGAAGCCUCUCCUGGUCAAAGCCCAGAGAGUCAAUUCUUCUGUGCAAGCGGAUACUCACUUGAAGGAUCAGCUACCAGGAGACCCAGCAGCAAACCAGCCUGCAGAGAAGGCUAUAGCUGUUGAUUCUGAGCCCAACAAGAUUCAUCAGCUAGAUGAUUCUUUGGAAAAUACCACUCAUGGGCCCUGGGAUAUGACUCACUCUAAGAUCUUGGAGUCCGAAGCCUUAGCAGCCUUGGGGGACAGCCCAUAUCUGGAGACCAUGAUACUCCGAAUGGAGGAAAUAGAAAAAUACCAGGAGACAGUUCGCCAAAGAUACAGUAAAAUUGUAUAUGCUGAUCCUCAUCUUUGGAUGCAGGGAGAAAAAAAUGAGCAAAAAAUCCCAGCAGUAAGUGAAAAGCCUCUGCCUCCUUACCCGAUCAAGAUCACAAAGAUAGCAGCUCGUAAAGAACCAGACGUGAGCAUCGUGUUAGAAAGGCCCAGGAAUGGCAAUUCCCUGGAUGAAAGUGUGGGGACAGAGGAGGCACCGGAGAAAAGAGAACUUCCCCUUCCCUCCCUUUCAGAAGAUUCUCCACAGAAAGAAGGUUGCACUGCCCUCUUUGUCCCCCCGGGUAUGCGGCACAGCAUUGGGGACUACUGCAGCCGUUUCGAGCAGUACCUCCGGAUGAUAUCUCACGAGGCUGUGGGCUCCUUCAACCCGUGGCUGAUAGCUGAAAGCUUUUCAGAGGAGCUGGUGGAUGAAGCUCUGGGGACUGUGGCUGCUGAACUUCAGGAUGUGUGUGAAGAUUACGCAGAAGCUGUGUUCACCUCAGAAUUCUUAGAAGCUGCUCCAUAAAGGCUCUCUGUGGCGGGCCAGCCAGCCACACAGGAGAAGGGCCAGCACCUCCUUGUGUUCUUGACCUCAGGAAAUGUGUAUCCUCAGCUGUACAUCCAGACUCAGAAGGUGCUGCCGCCCCAAAAGGAAGAAAUUGCCAGUGAGGCCAUCCUCGUUUUGCAUUUUCCCAUUGUCACAGCGAUGGUUCUUGCAGUUUAUAUGAAACACAUUCUAUUUAUCAAUGCCCUGGAAACGUGAAUUGAUUAUGACAAUAUAAUAUUUUAUGAAUGUAUAACUUUCCUGUCACAACAUGUUCAUUCCAGUGGCUCAGUUUGGAGAUCAGAGUGUUUUGAAAGGUAAAUUGAUAAGUAUCUUUCCCACAGGGAUUCAAGUUGCUGUUGAACCCAUGGGUGGCACUGAUGCCAACAAAAGUGCAGUCAUACUCUGUGCCACCGCCUGGCUGACAUUUGCACCUGUGGCUCUUUCCUGUUAGGACACCCCCGAGGUUACAGACAUGUGUGGGGCACAGAGGUGGCUUUUGCUGCCAGCUCUGUUGCGGUGUAUUAAAAAUAGGAACCUGUCAGUUAUCAGUGCACAAAAUAAUCAUACCUUUCUCUAAUGUUCAGUUCCUAGGUGGUUUUUGACAUUUUUCAUUCCCACAGUCUUUCAUUGCUGUGGGUUAACAUAUUUUGACAUACAACACUGUCUCUGAAGUCAGAGACAGCUGGAGGACUUCAGAAGAGGGCCAGUGUGUACCUGGUUGAAGCUCAUUGUCUGAUGGGGUCACAAGUUUCUAGUUUCCAUCCCACAAAGGAGCCUUGUGUGGGAAGAGAACAGACCUAGAAGGUGUGAAGACCUUUUCCCAGAGAAAGGAGGAAACUUAAGAUAAUUGCUUGGUCCUCGAACUUCUUGUAACUCCUGUCUUACCAAGAGUAAAGCCUGUGUUUUCAGAGACUGAACUCAGGAAAAGAAAGGGAAUGUGCAUAAAAAUAAGGCCACUGCCUGGAAAAAGUUUCCCUCAAUGUUUUUGCCUGAGGCUUGGUGAAAGAAAUGUGAAGAGCGAGUGACGUGAGACACACCCCAUGGAAUAAUGUGAAUCUUUUUAUAACACGUAUAGUGUUGUCAUCUGGGAUUUUUCUCUCAAGUACAAGUAUUUCAGGUGAUAAUUUAAGCUGCUUGGUCAUACUUGUUUGUGCAAAAUUGAUUUUUGUUUAAUGUUACUGUCUUCCUGCUUCGUUUUAUAUACCCUCAGAAUUUAAAAGGCUUCAAGGGGAAUUAAAGGUUUUUAAUUUGGGGAGUUAUGUGUUUACACUUGAAUUGAUAGGAGUGUCUGUCUUUGAUAGCUUGAAGUAAUUUGUGUGGCAAGUUUUACUGUGCUGGUUUUUAAAAAUAAACUCAAUAUUUUAAAGUAUGUACAUGUCUG